AUGGCAGAUGCGGGAGGCGCCGAUUUCGCAGGUGAGGAUGAGCAGGUGACCAGCACCUUGAAUCCGGAAGCUGCGGAGUUUAAGCCUGGGGUCACCUUCGGUGGCUCUAGGCCGAGUCAGUCGUCGCCGUCGCCAACCUCCUCGCGUGAGCAGGCGGAUACGGGUCCCUCUUUGGUCUUCGGGGGUGGCGGGAACUUCCUGUCAAAGUAUUCUUCUAUCGAUGUUCCCGCUCCCAAGGUACAGGCAACACUCCGCCGCCGCUCUGCAGAGGGUCCAGGCGCUGGGUCAGCUCCUGCACCAGUCCCCGAUCGAGUAAAUGUUCAGCUGAACCAGCAGAUCGUCAACGCUGGGAUGCCGGAAAGGAUCCUUCAGAUUGUUGACGAGAACUUCGACCAGCUGAAUGCGGUCAACCUCAUCACAGCACUCCACCGCUUGGCGGCGAUCUCACUGGCCUCCAAGAAGGCGGGGUUGCGUCGCGAUCCUCGCUUCAAGCGUCUGGUGAACAGGUUGUCGGAGACGAUUCGAAAGACGGAUCCGCAAUUCCUGAAGCCGCAGGACCUCUCCAACGUGGCCUGGGGACUCACCAAGCUCGGAAUUCAAAACACGCUGCUUUUCUCGCUGCUUUCGGAUCGAAUCCUGGUGCGCAUUGAUUCUUUCCAGCCGGUCAAUCUCUCCAUGACGCUGUGGGCUUUCGCAAGGUCGGGCCUCUCCGACGAGCGACUGCUGCGAGCAGCGGCUCAGGAGGUGAAGAGCCAGAUGAAGUACUUUGAGCCGCAGCAGAUUGCGAACACCACAUGGGCCAUGGCAAAGUGUGGCUUCGUGGACGAGGAGCUUUUCGAGCAGGCAGCGGAGCAAGCCAUCUUACAGCUCAAGAAGUUCCAGCCGAUGAACUUCUCGAUGCUCCUCUACUCCUUUGCUUUGGCCCAACAGCGCCAUGAACGACUCUUUGAGGAGGUGGCGAAAAGAUGUACCGUGGAUGUUCUGAAGCAUUCGCUGUCCGCAAUGGCCUCAGGUGAUGUUUUGCUCCUGUUCAAUUCGGCACGCAUCGCCGUGCCACAGUUUUGCAGUCUAGCCAAGUCUAGUGACAUGGCCAUGGACACAGGGCAUGGACCGGACUCAGAUGACUACUUCACCGCGAAUGGUCGGACCGAGAGAUGUGACGUAGAGACUCGCGUCCAGAAGCUGAACUUUCUCUCAACGAGUGUCAAGAAGAAGGAGAACAUCGGCGAUACCCACACCAAAAGCCAGUCUGAAAUAUCCCAGACGACAGCGAAGAGCAAGGGCACUUCCAAGACGCCCGGAGCAGGAUCAGAGCCAAACCAGGAUGUUGGCCUGCAUGAAUCCGAAGAACAGGAAGACGCUCAUCUCCCUCUGAGCAGAGCUAACGUGGGCGACGUGGCGGAUGGACUCCUCUGCCGCCCCGAACGCGCUCGCAUGGACGGCGACGUCCGGCCAGAGAGCGGAACCUCGCUGCUGUCCGGGCUGCCGCUUCCAGAGGUCCUCUUCCCGGAGGAUAGCAGCCCUGCACCGGAGAAGCUUGAAGACCAGGCCUUGGUGCUGGCUCCGCUCGACAGAUCCCAUGCUUCCCUCCUCGACGCUGGCACUGGUGGCGCGGCAUCGCCGUGGUGGGAGGAGGUCUUCCGGCAGCGGGUGGGUGACACUCUGGCUUUACCCAGAGACUUGCGGUUUCCGGGACACCCCGACUGCCAGGCCAUCACUGUGGAGAAAGAUUUCCGCUCCGCCUCCCGAGCGCGGCUUUUGCGGCUACUUCCCUCCUCGGCUUCUGUCAUUCUCAAGGCUGCGGAUGUGCAGCAGGAAGCGGCCGUCAUGUCGAUCCUGAGGCGCAUGAACCAGCUCUGGCAGCAGUGCGAAGUGCGCGUGUGCGAAGAGCUCGUUCAAACUGUGACCUAUGACAUCUGCUCUCUCUCCGGGAAGUUUGGUCUCGUUGAGGUCAUACCCGACAGCCGCAACAUGAGGGAGCUGGCCCAGUGCUAUCCUUCAGAGCGCCCACUGCGCGUGCUUCACGCUCUGAAGCAUGAUGCCAAGUUGCUCGAUCGACUGGCGGCCUCGACUGUGGCUUAUUUGGUGGCGGGCUAUGCGGUAGGCCUUCGAGACAGCCAUGACGACAACAUCAUGCUCCGAGCUGAUGGCAUGCUCUUCCGAGUGGAUUUCGGUUACAUCUUCGGCGCUUCGCCAGCCUUAGAUGCGCCCCCGACCGUGGUCCCAAACGCUGUGAUCACCGCGCUUGGAGCCAGGUGGAAAGAAGUUUUAGUCGUCUCUGAGAGUGCGCUGAUGGCGAUCUCCGGAGGCACUCACGAACCCCCGGGAUGGUCGUGUCUGCGGGCUGUUCCAGCAAUGGCUCCUUAUCAUCACGAGGCCUACGCCUACGCGCGGCACCUCUCCCUGGAAGCUUUUCGAGGAGAAGUGCGUGCGGCAGAUGAGUGGUCCAUGUCUCGCGCCGCCAAGAACCGUCUUCGGGAAGCCGUUCGCCUCAUGACCUGGAGUGAUGCGGAACCCUCGCCCAAGCAGUCCGAGCGUCGAGGCUCGGAAGGCGUUUCGCCAGCUCGGACGUUGCAGCCGGCAGGCGACCGCCUGUCGCCACUUUGCCGAUUGGAAGAGGAGGAGGAGGACGUCGACGACUCGCAGCAGUUUUCCAUCAGCCUCUAA